AUGUAUCAUAAACUGUCUGUAAAUUUUUCGAUAUUUCUAGUUUUCUUGUUACAUUUUACCUAUUCCGCACCGCAUGAUACAAUUGAAGCAGAAAGACAAAAUAUAGAUUAUUUUUGUCGAGACGGAAACAGCCAGAAUUGUUGUCCUCAUCUAGCGAACCGAGUUGCUAAUGAAAAUUUUUCACGAUGUGCUUCCAUUAUUCUCAUCAAUAAUAGUGGCUUUAAGAUGACAUUGGUUAAUGAAAAUCUUGAAGAUGGUCGUUGGGUUACUUCACAUGAUUAUUAUGAUGGAGAUGGAGUCUAUAUUGACUGCAUGCCACACACACUUUUAAAUUAUGAAUCUGAAGCUAUUUCUAGUGUCUCAAGUCAUUUUCUUGGUGGAGUGCAAGGAUAUGUUGGGUUUAUUAUUGAUGAUGAUUUUUCAAGCAAAUUUUUUAUCUCUUGGGAUGUUCCUUUAUUCAGUUCGCCUAAGUAUCAUUUUAGUUUCCUUAAUGAAUCAUAUAUGUAUAAAUAUAAUAUUAAGGUCGAGCAAAGCUUUGGAGAUACGGUAUACAAAGUUACAAUUGGGAAUGGAUUUUCUUGGUUAUCGCUGUUCAUUUUCCCGCUUCCGUUCUUUGUCAUUAUACCAUGUUGCUGCUGUUAUCCCAGUACAUCUAAUGAGAAUUUAAUCACACAACAAUCACCUGAAUCUCUUGGACAACGAGGACAACAUUCUUAUGGAUCUUUUGGACAACAGGAACGACAAUUUUCAGAUUCUUCUAAACAUCAAGGACAACGACCUUAUAAUAAUUCUUAUAUAAAUAAUAAUCGCAACGAACAACAGGGACAAAAUUCAUAUAAUAAUCCCAAUGGAGAUGAUCAACCACCUCCUUAUGAUCAUAUUUUCCCGUAA